CCGUCAUUCGUUAUCUGGCGCCUACGUAUCCUCCUCUCAUCUUCUUCCAAUAUGCAGAGGGUAUCUGAUGCAGUACUAGUGACAUCAACCUUUCAUUUGGAUCCUAAUAAGGACAAAUGUCUUGCUGCCUGUCUGAAAGGAGAUUCAACUAGUAUACUUUACAGCGAAAAAUUCGGAUUGGGGUGGCGUUUGGGCCUGCAGUACGCAAAAAAAGGCUGGGGUUCUGAUGAAGUGAAGAUUUACCUUGAUCAUGCCCAUUGCUCUUCGGUGACAGAUACCACUACGGUGACUGUUUGCCUUAGAAAUGGGUCUGAUCCAGAGGGCCCUUCCUUCCUCAGCAAGACAGUCACAAUUGCUGACUUUGGCCAUGGGCCUCCCGCACUUCUUCGCGCUUUGUCGCCGUCCAGGAUCAUUCAACACCCCUACAUGUCAUUUACAGUAACUCCGAAAGCAAACUUAAAUAACUUCGUUCAGCAAGCUAUCGCCGACCCUCUCGCCGGUACUGCGUCUGCUCUAAGGCAGUCCAUGAAUGAUGGCGCAUUCGUCGACACCAAGUACUAUGUCAUGUACAGGCGUAGGAAUUGGAGAUCUCCAGGAAAAACUCGCGUCAUACACGCAAAUCAUGCACUCCUAACACAGGACGUUGACGUUGGGCAACUCGGGCCCCUUCCUCAUACACCUUCGAAGAUACCAGCAAAUACAGCUUGUUUACUUGCGAAAUUUCAGAGCGAAUCCAGCCUGAACAGGGAUAUUGGGCAAUCUGAUUAUGACCUGGACAGCGAUAUUGAGGAGGAGGAGGAGGAGGUAGAAGAAGAGGAGGAGGAGGAAGAGGAAGAAGAAGAAGAAGAAGAAGAAGAGGAAGUCAAGAUCUCGAAAGACGAACAAGGACAAGGAGAGAGGUCUAUGCCUUAUAAUCGUUAUGAUUAUUCCUUCGGCGUGGCACCUGAGUUCGAUUCAGAUACUGCUUCUAGCAGUGCUCUAAGCUUGGAUGAUGACGGUGAUGACUUUAGCUCCACGCAUUAUGCGCCCGGGCUACUGCUUCUAGGUUUCAGUUCAAGUUUCAGUUCAACAGACACACUGGGGGCUGAGCCGCCGCCGCCGCCACCCUUCCCUCAGAUCCAGCGAAUGCUGGUUCGGAACACGGCAUUCACAACGUAAGUUACAUACGACUACUCUGAUUAACUCGACAUGUCCCAAAACAUUAACAUUAUUCUUGCAGUUGGGCGUCCUACGUAUACUAUUGCUACAC